ACCCGAGAAUUCAUCUUUUGCAUCUUCUUUCUCUUCACCUCCUCCUGCUUCUCUUCCCUGUCUCCACGGUUCAUCACAGGUCGCCGGCGGCCCUGCUUCUUUGUCCAUCUUCACACUCUCGCUUUUCCUGCCUUUGCCUUUUUCUAGCCGCGCUCUUUAGCUACUCUUCAGUCCACAAUGACCUCCCAUACGAUGGACAGCAUCGACGGUAGCGUUACUUCCACCGUUGGCAAGCAGACCAUUGAAGGUCUCGACACGCACGAGAAGAACAACUUGUCUCCAGUUUCAGCCGAGAUCCCAAGAAAGAGUCAUACCGGCUUCGCUCCUCCUAUGUCACCAAUGUCGUGGCAGGCUCAUCAUGUCAACCGCAGACGGAAGACGAAUAGCAUCGAUUUGGACGACUACUUUGUUGGGCCGAGAGAUGUAUCCAAGCACUCGAAGUGGCCAUUUUUCAUGCGUCUACAUGGCAGCAUCUUGCCAAAGAUGAUUCUACCGCUGACCUUCAUUGCUGGAUGGUCGACCGCCAUUACCCUCAUUAGUCACUAUGUUUACCCACUCACCGUGGACUCUUUGCUUUUGACAGUGCUCGGUUUCGUUGUUGGUUUGGGGCUAUCUUUCCGUUCGUCAACUGCGUAUGAGCGUUUCACUGAAGGUCGCAAAUACUGGGCUCAGCUCCAGUUCACUGCACAGAACCUUUCUCGUGUCUACUGGGUAAAUGGGAAAGAACGCCCGGGCGAGGAAGGAAAGCAGGAUCUUCUUGGCAAGCUAACUGCGCUGAAUCUUAUCAAUGCAUUCGCCGUCUCUCUGAAGCACAAGCUGCGGUUCGAGCCUGGCAUUCACCAUGAGGAUCUACGAGGUCUGGUUGGAUACAUCGAUUCAUUCGCUAAAGCGGCCGAAGAAACCAUACCUAUGCCCAAACAGAAGACCCCAUGGAAGGCCACUGGUGAAUACCUGGGUAUCUCUUUCGCUGAGUCCAACCCACGCAAGUAUAUCAAGCGUGCAAAUGCGAAGAAGCCGAUCGGCAACUUACCACUAGAGGUCCUUAAAUAUUUGACUGCUUACAACGAAUCCCUGAUCGAGAACGGAACACUGCCGGUUCCUGGCCACCAGACCAUUGUAAUCAACAGUAUUGUCGCCAUGAAUGAGGUGAUGACGGGCUGUGAACGUGUCCUCAAUACUCCCAUGCCUCUGGCUUACAAUAUUUGCAUCUCACAGAUUACAUGGGUGUACGUUCUAUGUUUGCCAUUCCAACUCUGGGCCAAACUUAAGUGGGUUACAAUUCCUGGAUGCAUUUUCUCGGCGUACAUCAUCCUCGGUCUCGCCAUGAUUGGUCGUGAGAUCGAGAAUCCAUUCGGUAGCGAUGUGAACGACUUACCCCUCGACGACUUCUGCAACGAGAUCGCAGAAGAUAUCGACAUCAUCACGGCUGCACCACCUCCAAAGCCGGUUGACUUCAUUGGUGCCAUCGACAACCUGAUAUUAUGGCCUCUGAGCGACAAGGGCUCGAGCACUUGGUCGACUAGGUCAAAAGAAGAGAUACGUGAGGCACUCAUGACCAAGGCGAACGCAAAUCUGAAGACACGGAAGAGCGUCUACAACCAACGCACGAGCGACUCGGACGAUGACGGACACAUCGCCGCACAAGCCGCCCCAACCCAUAACGAAGUCUGAAGAAAGAUUCUUGCGGAUUAGCACAGCGACAGCAUAAUAGUCUACCGAUCUUCAAAACGGCUGAUACCGCGUUCGAUCGGGACCAAGAUGUCGUCACAAAGGCUAAUAUAUCACAUCACAUAGUAUGACUGAUUGUCAUAAUCUCUGUACAAGAGUCCGAAAAGAAAAUUGUUUCUCUUAAUCUGCCAGGAGUUUCGGAUCGGCAUUUCCGCGGAGGCGCUUGCGAUCUUG